UGCUCGUCAGCAAGCUUAUAUACCUGCUUGCGCUCAGGAACUGGCUUCGAAGGUGGAAAAGCCGAUUUACCCGCUUCGUUCUGCCUUACCCAUAUGUGGCAGAUCAUUGAGGACGGAUAACCACAGCGAUUCUUUAUAACAUCCCGUCGCAGAAAUAGAUCAAUCAUGGCGUCGAACGCGGACAAAGCCAGCAUCGCUGCCUAUGGCCCAGCUCGCUCCACAGUGAAGGGCGAGCCCCUUGAGGCGCAGGAGCUGAAAAAGAUGGACACGUACUUCCGAGCGAGCAUGUACCUGUGUCUUGGUAUGCUCUUUCUGCGCGACAACGUUCUCCUGAAGGAGCCCUUGAAAGUGGAGCAUCUGAAGGCUCGACUCCUGGGUCACUGGGGUUCGGACGCCGGCCAGUCCUUCACCUGGAUUCACAUGAACCGGUUGAUCAAAAAGUACGACCUGGACGCGUUUUUCGUUUCCGGUCCGGGCCACGGUGCGCCUGGAAUCCUGUCGCAGGCGUAUCUGGAGGGCGUCUACUCGGAAGUGUACACCUGCAAGAGCGAGACCGAGAAGGGCAUGCAGAAGUUCUUCAAGCAGUUCUCCUUCCCUGGCGGUAUUGGCAGCCAUGCCACCCCUGAGACACCGGGCAGUCUCCACGAGGGUGGCGAGCUCGGGUACUCGAUCUCGCAUGCGUUCGGCAGCGUCUUUGACCAUCCCGACCUGAUCGCCCUGACGAUGGUGGGUGACGGUGAGUCGGAGACCGGGCCCCUGGCGACGAGCUGGCACAGCACGAAGUUCCUCAACCCUAUUACCGACGGGGCGGUUCUUCCUGUGCUCCAUCUCAACGGGUACAAGAUCAACAACCCGACUGUCCUGGCGCGUAUCAGCCACGACGAACUGUCGAAUCUGUUUGCUGGCUACGGCUGGACUCCGUACUUUGUGGAAGGAAGCGACAGGGAGAGCAUGCACCAAGCCAUGGCAGCAACCCUGGAGCAAUGCGUCGUGGAGAUCAAGAAGUAUCAGAAGCAAGCGCGGGAUUCCGGAAAGCCAUUUAGGCCCCGUUGGCCCAUGAUCAUUCUCCGAACCCCCAAAGGGUGGUCUGCCCCGAGAGAAGUGGACGGGAAGUACCUUGAGGGAUUCUGGCGCGCGCAUCAGAUUCCCCUUCCCGAUGUUCUCAAGAACCCUGCCCACUUGAAGCUGUUGGAGUCAUGGAUGAAGAGUUACAAGCCAGAGGAAUUUUUCGACUCGAAUGGAACGUUGAAGCCGGAGCUCAAGGCACUUGCGCCGAAGGGAAACUCCCGUAUGAGUGCCAAUCCCGUGACCAAUGGCGGUUUGCUCCGCAGGCCCCUCGACAUGCCGGAUUUCCGUGAGUACGCCUUCCCUGACAUCGAGCCCGGCGUCUCGAUCCGCGGAAGCAUGAUCAACAUGUCGAAGUUCCUGCGGGACGUGGUCGCGCGGAAUAUGACUUCAUUCCGGGUGUUUGGACCGGAUGAGACCGAGUCCAACAAGCUGGGCGAAGUUUACAAGGCCGGCAAGAAGGUGUGGAUGGGCGAGUAUUUCGAAGAGGACAAGGACGGAGGCAACCUCGCCCCGGCGGGUCGUGUGAUGGAGAUGCUGAGCGAGCAUACCUGCGAGGGCUGGCUGGAAGGCUACAUCCUGUCUGGCCGACACGGUAUCCUGAACAGCUACGAGCCGUUCAUCCACGUCAUCGACUCCAUGGUCAACCAGCACUGCAAGUGGAUCGAGAAGUGCCUCGAAGUCGAAUGGCGCUCCAAGGUCGCCUCUCUCAACAUCCUUCUCACUGCCACCGUGUGGAGACAGGAUCACAACGGCUUCACCCACCAGGAUCCAGGCUUCCUGGACAUCGUCGCUAACAAGAGCCCGGAGGUUGUCCGCGUCUAUCUCCCACCCGACGGGAACACCCUGCUCUCCGUCAUGGACCACUGCUUCCGCAGCGUGAACUACAUCAACGUGGUGGUCGCCGACAAGCAGGACCACAUCCAGUACCUGAACAUGCAAGAGGCCAUCGAGCACUGCACCAAGGGCGUGGGGAUCUGGGACUGGGCGUGCAACGACCAGGGCCAGGAGCCAGACAUCGUCAUGGCAGCAUGCGGCGACGUCCCCACCCAGGAGGCGCUCGCAGCCGUCACCCUCCUCCGCGAUUAUCUGCCCGAGCUGAAGGUCCGAUUCGUCAACGUGGUCGACCUCUUCCGACUGAUCUCGGAGACCGAGCACCCGCACGGCAUGUCAGACCGCCACUGGGUGUCGGUCUUCACGGACAACAAGCCCAUCAUCUUCAACUUCCACUCCUACCCGUGGCUCAUCCACCGCAUGACCUACAGGCGUCCGGGGCAGGGCAAUCUGCACGUCCGCGGAUACCGCGAGAAGGGCAACAUCGACACGCCAUUCGAGCUGGCGAUCCGCAACCAGACCGACCGGUACAGCCUGGCGAUCGACGCUAUCGACCGUGCUCAGCAUCUAGGGAACACGGCUUCGGGGGUGCGGGAGAAGUUCAUCAACUGGCAGCUGGACGCCAAGUCGGCGGCCUAUGACGACGGGAUCGAUCCCGACCACAUUCGGAAUUGGACCUGGAAGUACCCGAGACUGAAGCAGGAGUAGGCCUGCUAUGUA